AUGGCGGGUCGGGGUGGGGCUGCCGCCGCGCUGCCGCAGCUCUCCAAUGAGGCCCAGCUGCAGAUCAUGAACUUGGUCAAGCAGGGCAUGAGUAUGGAUGAAGCUCUCAAGCGGGCCACGAUGAUCGAGGAGCAGGAGCGUAAAGAUCGCGAGACAACUGCGCUGGCCCCAGCUAAAUCUGCCGCUUUCCGCUAUGAGAUUUUAUUUCUAGUGCUUUUCCCAAUCUCUUCCUCUUCUUCUUCUUCUUCUUCUUCUUUUUUUUUUUUUGUGUGUGUGUCUGUGUGUGUGUGUGUGUGUGUGUGUGUGUGUGUGUGUGUGUGUGUGUGUGUGUGUGUGUGUGUGUGUGUGUGUGUGUGUGUGUGUGUGUGUGUGUGUGUGUGUGUGUGUGUGUGUGUUCUUGUCAAGCCAGCGGGAGAUGAUGAGGCAGACAGUGAGAAAGACAUCAACCGAGCCACGCUCGACGCCGUGACAAAAAUGGUGCAAUCAGGCAGCAUCAGUGCUGAGGACGCCAUGCGACAUGCCGAGGCCUUGAACCAAGUGCGCGUGCGCAAAAAAGGCGAUGCACAACGCAUUCUUCUCAUGAACAUGGUCAAGGAAGGAAACCUUUCGAUCGAAGAGGCAAUCAAGCACGCACGGGGUAUGGGCGUACAAGUUGAACCCGAGGACAAGCAAGCCGAUGUGAGCAGCAAGUGGGGCCCACACGCCGAUAAAAUCUACAACUUUGGUGUGUAUAAGCUCAACCGCCUGAAGGGUGCUCAGCGACGUGUCUUGCAGCUUGAUUUUCAAACUGAGGUCAUGUGCAACGUUCAGCGUGGUCAUCGCAACAACCAAUUUCCCUUCUCUUCCAUCGAACGUGUCGAGAGCGAAGAUGGCGUACACUUUACCAUUUACUUCGUGGGGGAAGCCCGUCCACCCUAUGAGUACGAAGCCGACUCCCUGGAAGAGAAGAACAAGAUCUUCCGCAUCCUGUCCGUCAUCGUCAACAUCAACCGCAACACCAAAGGCGGUGGCACUGGCAUGGGGCCAUCAGACGAAGUCAAGAAGCAAAGCAUCAAAGAGGGUCUGGUCGAAAAGAAGGGUCAUUCCCUGGCGUACUUCAAUUGGAACACGCGCAAGCUCGUGGCUCGCCCCGGCGAGUUGGCGUACUACAAGGAAGAUGACCUCAGCAAUGCCCUGAAUAUCAUCACUUUGGGCCAGGGCUCUUCCGUCUCCAAAAAAGACCACGAUUGCUUCAAUGUCAUUGCUCCCGGCAAGAAACACUUUACUUUUCGAGUCCUCUCCAUCGGCGAGCACGCCAACAUGGAGGCCAUCGAGGCUGAACGGGAUGAAUGGGUGGAUGCUGUGCAAACAGCCAUCAACAUGAAGGGAGGUAGCGGUGGUGGGGUACCUGCCCUACUUGAGAAUCAGAUGAAGAAGCUGACGGGCAUCUUGGCCAAAAUGGUCAAGGAAAUGACAGCCCUUUCAGCCUUUGUGGGCCGUGGCGAGGGGGCCAAGAAAAUCACAGCCCUGCAAGGGCUCACGGAAAGCUUGGUCGUAGAGCUAUCCGAGCUGCCUGUUUUGGACAGAAUAGGUGGUGAUCUGCAGGGCAAUGCUCUAUCGGGCGUUGGCGGUGGAAGCGGUGGAGGCAAGCCUGGAAACGUUUUGGCUGCCCUCCUCAAAAGCUCUUAUGUCGCCGGUUCUGGGGAUGGCGCCGCUCCACUCAAAGUCACAAUUACACGUGCCUCUGCUGAGGAAAAGUGGGGCUUGGGUCUGGGUGCCAGCAAUGAAAUUUCCAACGUGGAGCCUGGCAGUGUAUCGGCAACUGCUGGCGUGGAGAAGGGUUAUAUUCUCACCCACGUCAAUGAGGAGCCGGUACUUCCCGAUGCCGAAGCCAAGCUCGAUGGCGAAACUUGCAUGAAGCGCAUUCAGGCGGGUCUGCAGGCGCUGGAAGUCACACUCACCCUCGUGCGCAAGGCGGGUUACAAGGCACCCAAGCGCAUCAUGAGUGGCCCGGCCCCGGGCAGCGAGGAUGGCCCCACAGCCGCCGACCUGAAGCAACAAGAGAUUGCCGAUCGAGCGGCACUUGAAACACAGCGCCGUGAAGAAGAGGCACAUCAGCGCAAGGUCAAGGAGCGUGAGGCAAAAAUGAGCAGCUUACGCGCCACAAUCGAUGAAAAGCAGGACACACUUCGCAAACUUGAGCUGCAACGCAAGGCGUGCGUUGAGCAUCGCGAAGCUCGGGAUCAGGUCCAGGAAGCAACACAGGACAUUCACAUGCUUGAGUCGGCUAUCGCUGGUGGCGACGCACCCAGCGAAGAAGAAGAAAAGGCUGCCGAGGCCAAGGCCGCCGAGGCUGGCACUGCUGUGAAGAAAGCUGAGGCAGACUUGGAUCAAGCUCGUCUUGAGUUGCAUCAAGCCAAGGGGCCUGCCGAGGUGUCAGCCAAGAGCAAGGUGGACGAAGCGCGAGAAGCAGCUGGUGUCGCGCGCGUCGCCCAUGAAGCUGCACAGCAGGAACUCAGUCUGACUCAGGGCCGUCGCCUCGCGGCCGACUCUUCGCCCGACGAACUGCAAGACAAACUCAAGAACAAGCAGGCCACGCUCGAGAAGCGCAAGGCUGCAGCCGAUACUGCUCAAACCAAGCUAGGUCGCUUGAGUGGGCUUGAAAAGUUUGAGCGCGAGAUGGAAGAAGCACAAGAAGAGCUUCGCGAUGCCGAGGCCAAUUUGAAACAGGCUCGCGAGGACGCCAAAGACCCUGAAGCGGCGACGGCACGGGCGCAAUCCAACGUCGACGCGGCCGAAGCCAGGCUCAAGGAAGCGCAGGCCAAUUACAAGCAAACCAAGGAACAAGAUGACAAGGAUGACAUGGAUGCUGCGGAGGAAACUCUGAGCAAGGCACGCGAACAGCUGGAGCUGGCAUCUAAGCCCGAAUUUCUCGUGUCCGUGGCCGAGGCCGGUCUGGCUUCAGCCAAGAAAAAGCUAGCAGAUGGCCGCAAGGCACAUGCUGAAGCUGAGGCUCUCUUUGCCCAGGAGGGUGGUCCUUCUCUGGCCGUGCUAGACUGGGAGAUUGAACAACUUCGCCAAGCUUUAAGCAAGGUUGAGGAUGAGCUGAAACAAGUGGAGACUACCCCUGUGGCUGCCCCCCCGCCCCCACCAGGGGCACCAGGUCUGGCAGGUGCACCUCCACCCCCACCCCCGCCAGGCAUGGGUGGCAUUCCGCCCCCACCGCCACCUCCGGGUAUGGGGGGCAUCCCACCUCCGCCCCCACCCCCGGGAAUGGGUGGUGCGCCUCCGCCUCCACCCCCGCCCGGCAUGGGUGGCAUUCCCCCGCCGCCCGGCAUGCCAGGUUUCGGGGUACCCAUGGGUCCUCCCCAGCGAACACCCAUCAAGCCUCGCACGAAAAUGCGUCCCUUCCACUGGAUCAAGGUGACCAAUGUGGCCCUGCCAAAGACCUUUUGGAACGAUCUGAUCCCCAAGGGCGACCACAAGGUCGAUCAAGAUCGCAUCGAGGAGCUCUUUGCAGCCGAUGAGACCAAGGUCAUCAAGAAGAAAAAGACGGAGCAGCCCAAGACUCUCCUCGACGCGAAGCGUGGUCAGAACCUGGGUAUCUUCAUGCGUGGCUUCAAGAUUCCCCUGCACGACUUGGACGUACGCCUCAAUAUUCUACCCCCCUCCGAAGACUGCCUGACUGUUGAGUACAUUGUUGCGCUGCGCAAGUUGGCGCCUACUCCAGAAGAAUUUGAAUCAUACAAGCGCUAUCCGGGCGAUAAGAGCCAACUUAGCGACAUUGAUCAGUUCUUGUUGAAGCUGAUGGAGAUUCCGAACCUCAAGCCCCGCCUCGACCUCUUGUUGACCAUCCAUGAGUUCCCUCUGCAGUUUGAGGAGCUUUCUCCGGAAAUCUCCCUGACUUUGAACGCCUGCAAACAACUCAAUGGGAGCAACAAGUUUAAGGACGUGCUCUGGCACAUCUUAUCCAUUGGCAACUACAUCAACGGGAGCACGCCCAAGGGAGGCGCACACGGCUUCAUGCUCAAGUCUCUCACCAAACUCGCAGAUAGCAAGGGCCGGGACAAGAAAACCACCCUGCUUGAUUUUGCCAUUGAGCAUUUGCAACAAUUUUCGCCCAAACUGCUACCCUUUGCUGAAGAUCUUCCGGACGUGAGCAAGGCCACUGAAGCUUCAGUCAAGGGUCUGUCAGCCGAGGUGGAGGUGUUGGCACGUGACCUGCUCAAGAUUGAUCGCGGCGCCAAGCGAUUGAAGGAAGACCUCAAAGAGGCACCUUCGCCGGCACAGGAAAAGUUUUUCAAGCAAACAGAAAAAUUUGUCAACAAGUUUGAAGAGGAGCUAGUUCAACUGCAUGCGGACGUGUCUGAGACAGAGAAGGCGUACAACAAACUUUUGGCUGACUUUGGCGAGCGACCAAACACCGACUCGGAAGAGGUCUUUGGAAACUUGGCCAAGUUUCUGGAACGCUACCGAGAAGCUUAUGCCAAGACGCUCGAGCCCAAAGACAAGAAGAAGGAAACGUAUGCUGAAAAGAAGAAGCGCGAAGCGGCUGAGGCGAGCAAGGCCAACAAAAAUGAGGCCAAGCCUGCGAAUGGCAAGGCUACGACCAAUGAGGGCGCAAGCACAACAACUGCGGCCACUCCUGCAAAUGCUAGCAAGGCCCCUGCAGGAAAAGAGAAAAAGGUCAACCCCUUUGCCAAGCCCGGCGAUGGUGCCGGCGCCGAGCCGAGCAAACCCAAGGCGAGCAACCCUUUUGCCAAGCCAGCAGAGGCUACUGCUACUAGCCAGGCCACAAGCAGCAACAGCAAUACAAAGACUGGCAGUGCAGCGAGUUCUGAGCAAACAGCUGAGUCGGUGCAAUUAAAGCACGUCGAGCCGAAAAAGAAGGCGCCUGCGGCCGUCGUGGUUGAAGACGAUGGCGUGGAAAGGGCGGGAGGUUACGGAGACCAGCAUCAGAGCAAGACGUACGAGACAAAUGUCGUCAAUCCUUUCAAGGAUGAAGCGCUGCGUGGUGGCGCCAACCCGUUUGGCAAGGCUUCAACCAAGAAGUCUGGUGGUUUUUCUGCGGUGGCCCCGGUGGCCAAAGGCAAAAAGAAGCAGGGCGAAGCGCCAACGCGCACUGGAUAUCUGGACAAGCUGUCCACAGGGCGCACGCGCAAGUGGGAGAGUCGCUUCUGUGAGUUGGUGACUGCAGGCUACCUCCAUUACUACAAGAAGGAAGGCGGCAAGAACACGGGGUCUGUCUAUCUACGCGGCUGCCCCGUGCGUCUGGAUCCCGAAGAUGCGACCGUGGUGCUGAUUCAGUCAAAUCAAAAACUCCAAAGGCUGUUGGACAUUUCUGAUCUACCAAAUCCACCCGAUAAGGAUCCCGUGUCAGAUGAUCGCUACAGCCUGAGGGCCCUUUCUCUGCUAAUUGAGAUGACAGUGAGACGAUGCAACAGAGUGGGCUCGUCUUGA